AUGAAUCCAUCCGGCAAUACCGAACAACCUCAGGCCUCCCGGCUUGGGGACAAUCUCGUCAGGCUGGAAGAUUAUGGAUUGCACCAACCCUCAGCUCAUCAGAAGCUCACACCUUUGGAUAUGAACCUACCCAGGCUCUAUGGAGCACGCUGGAUCCUUUGCUUCCCUUUACUACCAGGGUCCGACAAGUUGCAAGUGUACGACAAGCUUAAGCAAGGACUAGCACACACUGUUGUGUCUAUUCCAUGGAUCACUGGCACAAUCGGUCCAGAGGAAGGUCGUGAUCCUGAUGAUGGAAGGAUCCAGAUUCUCGAAUCGCCGGGCCCUAUAUCGUUUCCCUAUAAAGAUCUCACUGGAAUCGUACCCUCGUAUACAGAGCUGAAAGAACAAAACUUCCCGCUCUCUGCUCUUUCCACGGCACAGCUUGGUCCUAUAGACGCUAUGCCACAAGGCCCUGAGCAACCUGUAUUUGUGGCCCAGGCGAACUUUGUGGAAGGUGGGCUCCUACUAGCAGUGGGUGUUCACCACUCGGCUUGCGACGCCUCUGCUUUGGAUGCCAUCGUCAGCACUUGGGCUCACAACACUGCUGCUGUCAGCGAUGGCACCAAGUCGUUUGCACCAUUCGAUGACCAGUCGAACGAUCGUUCUUCUCUUAUGAAAGGCCAUCUUGACACCGAGUCCGGCGACUCUUGUGGUUACAUGCUCAUGCCUACUCCUCCGCAGAGCAACCAGGCAAUGCCUGCGUUUGUGAUGCCCCCCCUCUCGUCUCGUCUUUUCCAUUUCUCGUCGGAAUCACUCAAGAAUCUCAAAGAAGCUGCAGAGGCAUUCUCUACCCACGACGCCUUGCUUGCUUUUAUCUGGCACCAUAUGACUUUGGCCCGGGUAAAGUCUGGCGUUUUCACCAACCCUCCUGGCGACGCGGACGUGUCGGCACUGUGUGUCGCCGUUAACGUUCGUAACCGUAUCAGCCCUCCGUUACCACCAUCCUAUCUCGGAAAUGCAUCAAUGCCUUGUGUGACUGACAAGCUUCCGGUAUCGGCUAUCAUAUCGGGUACUAGUCUCCCGCGAGUUGCGGCAACCAUCCGAAGGUCGUUGGCGGCGUUUACUAAUCCCAGUCGUGUGUCUGCAACUAUUGGGCUCUUGGACUCUCGGACCAAUCCCACGGAUUACAAACUCGCUUUCAAUGCCUUCCUUGGCCCCGAUACUGUUGAGUCAUCCUGGACUGACCUUGAAGUCUAUGGCAAUACCUGGGGCGCGAUGGGGAUGUUGGAUGCGUUUAGGGUUCCAGGUGAAGGUUCAGAUGGAGUGAUUACAAUACUGCCCAGACUGAAGGAUGAGAGCCUGGAAGUUGUUGUCGGAUUGAAGACGGAGGCCAUGGAGAAGUUGCUCGCCGAGGAGAGCUUCGUUCGGGCUGCCGACCUCUAG